GAAAGCAUGGGGCGGAUCGCACUAAAUUGACUUGCGUUUCCUCCGUUCCAGUCGUCUUGCGCCUGAAGGCAGAAUCCAAUCGAGCAUACUGGUGUGGACAGAGACUGAGAGAAUUUGGGUCGGGGAAAUUAGACAAUCGAUAGAGAGAGUGAGAGUGAGGGUCGUCGAGGUUCGUGCAUUGGGCCGAUUUGUCAACGAGGCCGAAGUGCAGAGCUGUUUUGUGCCAAAGUCCCGUCCUCCGGAGCAAUUCACAGAGGAGGAUUUGAUCCUUCGGAUGGCCACGACGACUGUCGAAGAGGCGAGCACGGAUGGAGGAGCCAAGGGAGCUCCGGUCUGGGAGAAGGGUGCAGGCCCUGCUGGAGGAGGAGAACCGGGACAUACGAGAACCGUCUGCUUUUCUUCGGGGAACCCUAGGAUGGAAUCCACUCGAGGAGUUAUGCACUGUAACACCACUCCAGAUUCUGGAAGCGCAGAUCAAUUGCCGAUAGCAACCGAGAACCAUCAUCGUUUGACUACACAACUGGAGAGGCAAAAACAGUAUUACGAAGGAUUUUUAGAAGACGCAGAAACAAGAACAGAUUCUUCCAUUUCGUUGGCCGUGGAGAAGGCCACGAGCCCAGAACUUCAACGAAUGCAGCAAGAUAUGAAGAAGGUUCAGGAAGAAAACAAGUCUUUGCAGCAGGUGAAUCAGAUUCAUCUCGAUAAUCAAAAAAGGCGGCAGCAGAAGUCCAAGGAACGGAAAGAAAGGGGAACAGCUAAGAUCAAAGAACGCGAUGAGCAAAUUACUAAUCUAGAGAAGCAGGAUUUAAUGGACGACAUUGAGGCUCCAAAAAUGCGGGAGUCGAGUGCUAACGCUGCAGAGUUAGGAGAAGGCACCAUCCUGCCCCACAGCGUUUCAAUUGAUAUAAGGAACCAUCCAGCCUCAAACAACAUCCAACCUCAAACAACACCCGAGGUACUGCUUUCACAGGCUAUUUCAGAGAUUGAGAAGAAGCAGAUAUCUUCGCUUCAAAAGAGGCCAAAAGAUGUGAAAGAUUCAGAGAUUGAGAAGAAAGAGCGAACAUCUCUGCAUCAAAAGAGGCCAAAAGAUGUGAAAGAUUCAGAGAUUGAGAAGAAAGAGCGAACAUCUCUGCAUCAAAAGAGGCCAAUAGAUGUGAAAGAUUCAGAGAUUGAGAAGAAAGAGCGAACAUGGCCAAAAGAUAUGAAAGAUUACGAUAUGAAAGCCUUCUAUACAUAUGUAAAGGAUUCAGGUUUCAAAUACGAUCAUCGUUUAACUACACUACAGGUAAAUCAAUCUCGUGUCGAUUAUGAAAAAAGGUGGCAGCAGGAGUUCAAGGAAUGGCAAGAAAGGCAAAUUGCUCAAAAGGGACGCAUCACUCAAUUGAGUUUUUGGUUAUUCUUAAACACAAAAUUAAUUCUUAGAAGACAGAUAGAAGAACAAAAUUAGUUAUUUAUUAUAAAUUUUUAAAAU